AUGCGCCGGCAACGCCGCACCGGCGGCGGCCUCCGCCGGGUGCUGCUGCUACUCCCCUUCGCCGCGCUCGUUUCGGUCGCAACCUUCUCCCUACACUCCGCCGACCGCCUCCUCCCCAGCUCUGACACGGCGCAGCAGGCCGCUUCGCCGUCCCGGCACCGGCAGCAUCGGCUGCCCAUCUCCACCCUCGACGUGCGCGCGCUCGACGCCGCCGCCCCGGCCCCGCCGCUGCACGCGGCCGCCGCGCGCGCCUUCCGGUCCGGCGGCCGCCUCCUCCGCGACGUCCUCUCCUCCUCCCCCUCGUCAUCCGCCCCCGCGCCGCCGCCCGCGGCCGUGGGUGUCGGCGGCGCAACGCGGUGCCCGGCCUCGAUCACGCGGUCGGGCGCGUAUCUCCGCCUCCGCCAUGCUGGCGGCGGCGGCGUCCUGCUGCCCCUGCCCUGCGGGCUGGCGCUGGGGUCACACGUCACGCUGGUCGGCGCGCCGCGGGGCGGUGGAGGCGCCGCUGGCGUGGCGCAGUUUGCGGUGGAGCUGCGCGGGGAAGGCGACGGGGACGCGGCGCCGAGGAUACUGCACUUCAACCCGCGGCUCAGCGGGGACUGGAGCCGCCGCCCGGUGAUCGAGCUGAAUACGCGCUUCCGCGGACAAUGGGGACCCGCGCUCCGGUGCGAUGGCCGUCCGUCGCGCCCCGACGAGGAGACCGUUGAUGGAUUAGUGACAUGUGAGGAAUGGUCUGGAAACAUUGGUGGUGCAUCAGAGGAGUUGAAGAGAUUGUGGUUGCAGAACCGUGUUGCUGGAAAGAAUAACAGAAAUUGGAUACAUUGGCCAUAUCCAUUCUUGGAGGAAGAAUUGUUUGUUCUAACAUUAAGUGCUGGUUUAGAAGGCUACCAUUUUCAUGUUGAUGGGAAGCAUGUCACAUCUUUUCCUUACCGUGUUGGCUUUGUUCUUGAGGAUGCCAAAAUCUUUUCUGUGAAUGGUAAUAUUGACAUCAAAUCAAUAGUAGCUGGUUCUUUACCAACGGCUCAUCCAAGCAUUGUACAAAGAAAUCUGGAGUUGCUGACAGAACUAAAAACGCCUCCUCUUGGCAAAGAGAAUGUUGAGCUGUUCAUAGGCGUUCUUUCAGCAGGGAGCGAUUUCGCUGAGCGUAUGGCCGUGAGGAGAUCUUGGAUGUCUUUGGUGCGAAAUUCAUCAAGCAUAGUGGCACGUUUUUUUGUUGCAUUGAACGGCAGAAAGGAAGUGAAUGAAGAUUUGAUAAAAGAAGCAGAUUUCUUCAGGGACAUUGUCAUUGUCCCUUUUGCGGAUAGCUAUGAUCUGGUUGUUCUGAAGACUGUUGCCAUUUGUGACUAUGUGGCUCGUGUUGUUCCGGCGAAGUAUGUCAUGAAGUGUGAUGAUGAUACCUUUGUUAGACUUGAUUCAGUAAUGGCUGAAGUUAAAAAAAAUCCAAGAUGGCAAAAGCUUCUAUUUGGGGAACAUGAACUACUACCACAGGCCACUGCGGGAGGAAAAUGGGCUGUCUCAUACGAGGAGUGGCCCAGAGAAGAGUACCCGCCUUAUGCUGAUGGUGCAGGCUAUGUCGUUUCUUCUGACAUUGCAAACUUCGUCGCAUCUGAAAUGGAGAAUGGCCGACUAAAUAUGUUCAAGAUGGAGGAUGUGAGCAUGGGGAUGUGGGUGGGGCAAUUCAACCGCUCAGGGACGGGGAACACCGUGGCGUACGUCCACAGCGCCGGUUUCUGCCAGUCCGGCUGCGUCCAUGACUACCUCACCGCGCACUACCAGUCGCCGGCGCAGAUGGCGUGCCUCUGGGAGAUGCUUCGGCGAGGCAAGGCGUGGUGCUGCAACGCAAGGUGA